AUGAAGACAGCUAAUGUUUGUUGUUAUCCAGCAAUGUUACAUUUUCUAGCUAAAAUUGCUUGUUUAAUAUUCUUCUUACUUGUUUAUUGUGAAUUUUUGAUUUAUUAUUUUGUUUUGUUGGGUUGUUCAUGGCCACAAUUAUCUAAAAUAGAUCAAGAUUUUAGUGCUCGACCACCCAAUGAUCCCUAUCGAAAGCCAUUACAUGUCAUGUUUAUAGCAGAUACACAUCUACUUGGUUCACGUGAAGGCCAUUGGCUUGAUAAAUUACGUCGUGAAUGGCAAAUGUAUCGUUCAUUUCAAUCGGCACGAUUUCUAUUUGAACCUAAUGUUAUUUUUUUUCUUGGCGAUUUAACUGACGAAGGAAAAUGGUGUUCAGAUCAUGAAUGGGAAAAGACUGUUCGUCGUUUUAAUUCAUUAUUUUCUGUUCCAACAAGUACAAAAUUGUAUGCACUUGCUGGAAAUCAUGAUAUCGGCUUUCAUUAUGAUGUAUCAGAUGGUCGUUUAGAACGUUUUGAACAAUCAUUUCAAGCGCCACAUGUACGUUUAAUUACAAUCCAUGAUGAUGAUAUUAAUUUCAUAUUGAUUAACUCAAUGGCAUUCGAAGGUGAUCAAUGUCGCUUAUGUGCACGCGCUGAAAAAGAACUGAAUGAAAUUGUUAAUGAACUUCAUCGAUCUGGAUUAGCAACUAAACCUGUAUUUUUAUCACAUUUUCCACUAUAUCGUGAGUCAGAUGCAAAUUGUUCAGUAUGGAGACAAUCUUCGCUGUCUCAAUCUACUCGACAUAAAGAACGUUAUGAUGUUUUAUCACGAGAAGCAUCGGAUAAUCUAUUAAAGAAAAUAAAACCACGUCUUGUUUUCACAGCUCAUACACAUAAUUUUUGUUAUACAGAACACACUGAUAUAAAAGGUAAAGUAAUUCCGGAAUGGACAGUUCCAUCAUUUUCUUGGCGUAACCGUGAUGAUCCAUCAUUAAUGCUUUUAUCAAUAACAACAAACAAUGAACGAGUAUCACAUUGCCGUUUACCACGGGAAUCUACAGUUUUCUGGUCGUAUGGUAUAGGUGCUUUCCUUUUGAUUUUCUAUAUAUUAUUUGGAGGACGAAGACCAUUGGGUUGGUUUGCUUUUUGUUUUCUACGAAAAAGAAUUAAAUUAUAG